AUGCAGCAGUGUUUCAGUAUGGCAGGUGCACCCAUCCUCAGCCUUCCUAUCCAUUUCCUCACUGCAGGCUCUCCAGCCAACAGCAGCAGUGGUGCUGCCCGCUUGUUUGCAAAUCCCAGCGUCUCAUCUGGAAGUGCUCCAGCUGUGGGGAGCUCUGCUGCUGCCUCCAGUCCUCCUGCCCUCGGGGUGACGUCCUCCCACAGCUGUCCCCAUCCUGUUGGCACUGGGGAUUCUGCAGCUCCAUCUGCAGCCUCACUUAACGCUCCUGGAACGGCCGCUGCGUGGACUUCAGGGCUUCCGGGCCCUAUGAGCCCUGCUGCAGCGAAUCCUUCCAGCACCGCUCUGAUUGCUGUCGCUGCUCCCAAGGCAGCUAGAACCUUGUCAGGUGCAAGCAGUGCUUUGGCCGCACCAACUGCCAGUGCCUCUGCACACAGCACCGCGUCUGCGCCUCCUGCAUCCCCACACGGCAUCAGGCAGUCACACACACCGAGGAGUGAAUUAACAGCCACAGAGAAGAAGCAGUUGAGAGCCAAGAAGUUCACGCUAGGAAAGGUCCCUCUGAAGCCACCACCAGCAGACCUUCUACAAGAUAAGGAUUUAAGUUAAUUCU